UCCUUUAAAUAAAUCAAAUUACAUUUAAGAAAAAAAAACUUUAAGCUUGUUCAGCGGUUGAUGUUCACAAAUGUUAGCUGUGGGGCAGAUGGAGGCUAACCGGCAGAGUGCUUUCGUCCUGGGCAGCACCCCGCUGGCGGCGUUGCACAACAUGACCGAGAUGAAGACGUCCCUCUUCCCAUACGCGCUGCAGCAGAGCCCGGGGGGAUUCAAGGCGCCGUCGCUGUCCAACCUCUGCUCCCAGAUGCCCGGCAGCACCCCGCACGGAAUAAGCGACAUCCUGGGACGACCCAUCACCACGGCCGGGCAGCUGCUGUCUGGCUUCCCCGGGACAACGGGCCUGGCCCCCCCCGCAGCCGCGGCGGCGGCGGCGGCGGCGGGGAUGUACUUCAGCCCGGCGGUAUCACGGUACCCAAAGCCUCUGGCGGAGCUGCCGGGCAGGGCGCCCAUCUUCUGGCCCGGGGUGAUGCAGGGUUCCCCAUGGAGGGACCCCAGGGUUACCUGCCCAUCUCAGAACGGCAUCAUGAUGGACAAGGACGGAAAGAAGAAACACUCCAGACCCACGUUUUCAGGACAGCAGAUAUUUGCACUGGAAAAGACUUUUGAACAGACAAAAUACUUGGCCGGACCAGAGAGAGCCCGACUCGCCUACUCUUUAGGGAUGACUGAGAGCCAAGUCAAGGUCUGGUUCCAGAACAGAAGAACCAAGUGGCGCAAGCGACACGCGGCGGAAAUGGCCACGGCCAAGAAGAAGCACGACUCAGAGACGGAGAAGAUGAAGGAGAGCUCGGACAACGAGGAGGACGACGAGUACAACAAACCGCUGGACCCAAACUCUGACGACGAGAAAAUCACGAGACUGUUGAAAAAGCACAAGGCCAGCACCAACCUGGCUCUGAUCAGCCCCUGCAGCAACAGCUCGGACACUUUGUGAUGCCGGCUGGAUUGGACGCGGGGGCAAAGUGGGGUGGCAAUGUGGGGGUAAAAAAAAAAGAAGAAAGAAAGGGUCCAGCAGAGACUUGUCGCACUCUUUCGGACCCGCUUUCCACCUGACCGGAAGGAACGUGUGUAUGUUACAGGGGGGCUCAUUUGGCGUGGACACACACGGGGACAACAUAGUGUGCGCACUGAAAACGCACCUUAGACCCAGACACUGCAGUGGCGGAUUCACAGAUGUUUUCUUUUUGGGUGGCAAAGAUGUGGCAUGAGGCUCCAGCAGGGGGGCAUUUGGUUAUUUAUUUUGGUCUUGAAAAAGUUUUACACUUAUGAAUUACGUGCAUAUGAAUGACGUAAAUUACAAAAACCAAGUACUCGUUAUUUAGGAUUUAGCAGGACGUCCUGGUGGAGACCACCCUCCCACCCCCACGUUCUUUAAUUAAAAUGAGUGUGUGUGUGAGGCCACAGUUCUGUUUAGACAUCGCUGACUUCUAACGUGAGUUUUAAUGUGAAAAUAUUAAUUAUUUACACAUCGGAUAGAGUCCCCAUCCCCGCCACAGCUGCCACCUGUGCCGCCCUGUUGAACCGCCACUGGUGCCCUGUAGCUGUUGAAUGCACUGAAGUGAACUUCUCACCUGUAUAGAGGUUCUGAACAUUGCUGGGUUCAGGCUGGAUCACUGUCGGAGGACGGAGUCCAACAGUGUCCUCACCCACUGUGUGUGAAUGACGUCCACGGGCCGCGGCCUGCAGCGCUGAGACCCCACCACCAGCCGUUCAUUUCCGGGUUCAAUGUGACGUUUGCUUCCUAGGAGGAAGUUUCCUGGCAGAUUAUAACUCGACUGUCCAGCGCCACAGACAACACUGAUCCCAGAGCAGCCGCGUGUUUUACCGUGUCAGGUGUAAACGGGCCCUCGAUGACGCUUGUAAAGCUCAGACUAACCAGGGUAUCCACUGUUCUGUAGAACGGCAGAGAGCAGGCGCAGGUGCGGAGCGGAACGACUCAUUGGUCGAUGGUUUAGCCUCUAAAUGUUAAAGAAAUGUACGUCAGAUUGUAUAUAUAUUUUUUACUGAAUAAGUUAUGACAAGUGACAGCCUUUUAUUUCCCCUCUCUCCGCAGCAGCGUCCACGCGCUUAUUCCCACCAGUUUAAAAGAAAGAAAAAGAAAAAAACAAACAAACAAAAAAAAAACACAAACCCGCUGCUUAUUGUUCUUUUUCCCCUUCACUGUAAAAAUCCUGCUUUUUUAAUUUCCCUCCAUCCUUUAUUUCAUUAUUUUAUUUUCUGUUUACAUUUGUAUAGACGCUGUAAAUAAUCCCUGUGAAGGAACCACACUCCUGUAGGUUUCCUUCGGGUUCUUUGGAAUUAUAAUAUUUUUAUUUGACCUCGUCACACAGCGGAACAGAAAACGACCACCAUACAGAAUGUUAUGUUGGAAUUAAAGAGACUUAUUACUUCCGGGAAGGUUAUAGGAAGAAGAAAAAAAACUUUGUAUUAUGAAUAAAUUAUUUAACAAGCAAUUUUUCUUUGUUCUGUUUUGGAUUUUGUUCGAAUGUACGGGCUUAAUAUAAAUUAAAGGAAAAA